AUGUCUGUCGAACCAGCAGCCUUUGUGCAGGGUGAGAUUUUUCGAGAAUAUAUUGGCGCCAAGCCUUCCCCGAAAUUGAGAAAAUUCCCAGUUGAGAUCAUCAAUCCAAAAAUUUCAGAAUUUCACUUCAUUUUGGCCUUUGCCACAGACGACUACGACCCUACUACGGGAAGAGGCAAAGGGAAUUUCAGACCAUCUUGGAAUGUCAGUGACUUCAGUGCUGUCAAAAUCAAAGAAAUGAAAGCACAAUAUAGGAAUGUGAAGGUGGUAAUAAGCAUUGGAGGCCGUGGCACCAAAUAUCCAUUCAAUCCUGAAGACAAACUACAAUGGAUUCACAAUGCCAAGAAGUCACUCAAGGAAAUCCUUGAAGUCGACUACAAGGACGAUUGCGGUUGCGUUACAAAAACCGUAAUUGAUGGCGUUGAUAUCAACUAUGAGCAUAUUGAGUCUGAUGGCUUUGUUGAGUGCAUCGGAGAAAUUAUAGAAUACCUGAAGAGGAAAGGAAUGAUGGUGUCCAUUGCUCCAUCUGAUUCAACUGAUCCAGCUAAUCCUGUUCUAACCAACUACAAGAAUUUGUACAAAGACAACAAAGAACAUAUUGACUGGGUUGACUACCAGUUUUAUGAUCAGACUGUGUCCACAACUCAUGCUUUUGUAAAUCUCUAUAGAAGCCUUUCUGAUUUCUUCAGUGUUAAAAAACUCUUGGCAGGGUAUAGCACUGAUCCUGAAGAUGCCGGUAAAAUAUCACAGAAGGUCUUCUUUGAGGGUUGCGAAAUUCUCCUUCGAAGUGAUUCACUCCCUGGCAUAUUUGUUUGGGAUGCUAAUGACUCCAAGGUCCUUGAAGAACCUUACUACGUUGAGAUAAAGGCACAGCAACUCCUCACCAAAUCUGAGGAUUGA